AUGGCCUCAGAUAAAUUAACGUUGAUCCGCAAGGCUCUCCAACUGUUCUUCCCCAUGAUGGGCAAAAUGGCUAUACAGCGCAUAGCUGCAGUGUACCACGGCUGGACGUGGCGAUACCGAGCUGAUGCCAAGAAUGUCGUGGUAGUAGGAGGUUCUUUUGCAGGUAUUCAGCUGGUCAAGAGGUUGUCAGAGACAUUGCCCACGGGAUACAAGGUGAUCUGGAUCGAGAAGAAUUCGCACCUCAACUACUCUUUCGUCUUCCCUCGGUUCUCCGUCCUGACCGAGCACGAGCACAUGGCCUUUAUCCCAUACGACGGGAUCGGUCGGGGAGCUCCAACCGGCAUCGUCACACACAUUCAAGACACGGUGGUCGACGUCUCGGGGGAACAAGUGCUGCUCGCAUCGGGAGAAGCUAUCGAUUACUCCUACCUGGCCAUUGCCACGGGGUCGUCACAGCCGCUCCCGGUGCAGGUCAGAUCAACUGAGCGUGAGGAUGCCUGCUACGAGUUGCGGGGAGUUCAGCAAGCUAUCAAAUCAAGCCAGAGGAUCGCCAUUGUCGGAGGCGGGGCAGUGGGUGUUCAGCUGUCCAGCGACAUCAAGGAUUUUUAUCCCGACAAAGAGGUCACCCUGGUUCACUCGCGCGAUAAUGUGAUGAAUCACUUUGGCAAACGCUUACAGGACUACGCACUCGAUGCCCUGCGAAACGAGCUCGGAGUCCGUGUUCUCCUAAAUGAGCGGCCAGAGAUGCCUGCACAGGGUAAUUUUGCAAGGUCUGCAACAUUGGCCUUUUCUGAUGGCCGCAAGGAGGAUUUUGAUCUGAUUAUUGGCUGCACAGGACAGCGACCCAACUCAGCCAUCCUCACAUCGUACCUCCCUAGUGCCAUCUCAAAGGAGACUUCCCGGAUCCUGGUCGAUCCGACACUACAAGUGUGGCCACAAGACACGCCGAUCAGCCAUAAUCUGCCUAUAUUUGCCUUUGGAGAUGUGGCAGAGCACGGAGGGCCCAAGAUGGCACGUGCCGGGUUCAUGCAGGCCGACAUUGUAGUGGGCAAUAUUUUGGACAUGAUCAAUGGUCGGGUGCCUUCACAAAUUUACAAGCCAAAAUGGUUUCUCGAAAACGCCAUCAAACUGACUCUAGGAAAAUCGCAUAAAGCCAUUUAUGCCAUGGACAGCGAUGGCUCUGAUGUUCUCAUUCCCGACAGAAAGAGUACCGCGCUUGAUCUGGGCAUCAAGCAUGCUUGGGGUCAGGUUGGUGCUGACUUCAAGUUGGCUGGGGCACCACUUGCAGAGCAAUCAGGAAAGGACAGAUAG